CAGAUAGGAGAAAACUUUUCAUAUAAAUGUACAUUUAUUGAGCUUAUAUUCAUCUGUUUUACGUCACAGGAUGUUGGAUGUGUCUACGUAUAAGAUGCUUUUUGUAGCUUUUUUUGCUUGCGGAGUUUUCCUUUGUACUUUGGCAAAGCCUACGUGCGAUGAUCAUGAAAUUUUGAAUGUAUGCUCUAAAAAUGCAGAGACGUUAUGGUUCCACAGGAUGACCUGGCCAGAGAAUUCAGCUGAGCUUAGUUCCUUCUGUCUCGAAGUGCUACAAGAACUGGAAUGCGAAAUAGAAUUCGCUAGCAGGUGUCCAGAAUCGAUGACAGCUGAUUACCUCCCUGGCAUGCUUCAGAUUCAAUCACUCUAUGGAAAUAUUUGUGAUUCAUCGAAACCGAAUCAAAAUGAGUUCUUCAAAAAUAUCCCUUGCAUAAACAACCAUUGGCAAAGAAUUUCUGAAGAAUGUAAGGAAAAUGGAACGCUCAUUGACUCUUCAUGUGAUAGCUCCGUUACGCAUUUCGCAAAAUGCAGUUUCGAUGCAAUACUUAACAGUUGUGGUGUGGAAGUGUUGAAAUUGUUCUAUCGUCUUCUGACUCCGAUGCUUUACAUUUUCGAACGUAUGUGCGUGCCAUUUGAAAAUUUAGAAAAACAUAUCUGAAAUUUUUGUCUGAUUAAUAUUUUAUAUUUGCUGGCAUUUGUAGGGGACAAAAAAAAAAGGGGGGGGGGAAGGAAAAAAAUGAAAUAUCCAAUUUUUUGUUAUUUAAUUAUAAUAAAUCACAUUUGGAUGACUUAAAACAGACUAUUGUAAUUUUCUUGUUUUUAAAAUUAUUUUCCCCAUUAUUCUUCC